GCGCUGCCUGCACCUCUCCCUGCGCUGCCUGCACCUCUGCCUGUGCUGCCUGUUUCUCUGCCUGCACUCCUGCCUGCAAGCAAAGCCGCUCUGGCAGGGCUGCGAGCCGGCACACCGCGCAGGCACCCAGCUGCUCCAGCCCAGAAAAGCAAAGAAGUCCUGGGAUAGGCACGGCUGGGACAAGGAUCUGGACGGCGUGGAGCGACGGACGUCCUGCCGGGAUAUUGCCCCCCGUGCCAGGCUGUGAUAUGCCUAGGAAGGAGCUGGGGAUGGCUGGCUGCAACUCCGGCAGCUGCGACAGCAUGGUCAGCACGGCCUCCAACCACUCGCAGCGGAGUGAUAACAGUUACGACUACUUAUCUGUGGAAGAGAAAGAGUGUUUGAUGUUCUUAGAAGAAACGAUUGGCUCACUGGACACAGAAGCAGACAGUGGGGUCUCAACUGAUGAGACCGACCACGUGGAACCCUCCAAGCAGCCCCGGACGUGGCCUAAGAGAGACUCCAUUCCCCGGGAUUUGGAAAAUGGGACUCCCCAUCUGAGCACAGGUCCGCAGCAUGCAACUGAACAGAAGAGCGGUAAGAGCAUCUCCUCCUUCUCAAGCUCGGCUCCAGCAGCAGUUCCAAGCCCAGGCUAUUACAGUCUUCCAAGGAACAUCACCGUGGCAAAUGCACAAAGAGCAAACAGAGCUUCUGACAGCAAAGCGACUGUCUGCAUGGUGGAGGACCCAGUGCCAGUAGGUAAAUCUUCACAGGACAUGGCCAAGGAGGACAGGCUUGACCAAGCCAACGCAAGAAGCCAGAUGAAGUCCCUGGAAUCUUUGAUCAUUGAACCUCCAGACCCCUUCCAGGAUGACCUGGUGAGCCUCGAGUGGUCACGGAGCAAUUGCUCAGCCAAGGAGACCAAGACUUGGACUUCAUGGGGCCAGCCAGAGAAAUCCACAUUGGAAGAGGCCCCUCAGGACCCAGAUGCCAAGCGCGGGCCUCCAACUGCCCCCAAGCCACGGAAAUUGCCACCAAAUAUUAUCCUGAGAACCAGCAAAAACAGCCCAGUGCCACUCGCCACGGAGCCUGGCCAGAAGGUAAAAGCACCACCACUGUCCUCGGGCAGCUCUCAGUCCAGCUCUGCCAGCAAUACUGCUGCUGAAAAAGCAAAUUCAGGGCAUCUUGACCCCAAAGAGAGGGAAAAAGCCCGGCGGGAGGCGUUGGAGAAGCUUGGACUGUCACAGGACAGGAGGGACCCCAGCACCCACCUUCAACCUACCGUGCAACCCCAACCAAGGGAGAUGCCAUUCCAGGUCACUGGUGAGCCUGAGGGACACCGUGGGCCAGUGGAGAGGUUGGUUCCAGGUAUCCGGCAGAUGAACUUCAAAUCCAACACCCUGGAGCGCUCCGGUGUGGGGCUGAGCAGCUACAUGACCAGUGCCAAGGAGCAGAACGUCAAGACCAGCAGCUCCCUGGGCAAGAUGUCCUUCAUCGAGCGGCUUGCCCCCAGCUUCCUCAGGAGCAGCCGGCCCCGGCCGACAUCCAUGGUGGCAGGGAAGGACUUUGCUGGGCUGAAGGAGCUGGAGAAGGCUCAUGUGGAGCCAGAGAAGAGCAGCAAGCGGCGAUCCCACCCACUGCAGAGCUUUCCCAAGCCACCCCGCUCCAGUGUCAGUGUGAAGAUUUCCCCCAAGGGGGCAACCGAUGAGAACCGGCGAGAGGCACUGAAGAAGCUGGGUCUGCUGAAGGAAUAGCCCCAUGAGCCACGGGGCUGCUGGAAAAGGGGCUUUUCAUCCCGGAUCCACGUGCCUUCACUGCCUGUCCUCGGGCAGCACAACCAUCAGCAUCUUCUGCUGUGAUCUCCUGCCCCACCAUCUUGGGAGCGGCGCCACGAGAGGGGUUUGGAGCUUCACACCAAACAAAGUAGUGCCCCAUGUACAUAAUAUUUUGUAUAUAGCAAGUGUAUAUGAGCUAUUUAUAUAAAGCAUCACUCAGCACGUGGAUGGGGCAUGUUCUCCUACAAGGUCUUUAAUACAUUUGGGGAUUCAUCGCAACAGGGAAGCCACGGAAUUGGGGGUUUGGCUUAUUUUAAAAGGGGGCUGCCUGUGGAUAAAACCUCUCCGGGAAGAACUGCAGGACUCUGCUGCUCCUUUAGCAUUUUGCAUUUUGUUUUUGUUUUUUAACUUUCUCAAAGCCUCCAAGGCCUGAGCACUCAUCUGCCCCAUGAAAGUGCCUCCUAAAAGCCACCGCUGCCACUGGCAAAGCUGUGAGCACUGGAGGGGGCUCAGCAAUGCUCCCCCCCUGCACAAGUGCUCCUUGUACAGCACCCAUGGGCGAGGGGCUGCAGAGGGUCCUGCUGCCUCCUCUGCUGCCCAGCUGCUCCCUCCAGCCCGGGUUAGAAGA